AUGGCCUCUCUGGCCACUGGACAGCCGUCCAUUUUGGCUGUCCAGGCUAAUACAACAGCACUAACACAACUUACUCACAUUUUACCGAACCAAACUUAUGCAACAGCCCUUAAUCCAACAACUUCUACUACUACGUAUAGUCCUACACUACCUAUGGAAAAGGUCACAUAUUUGCAUGGAGAGCCUAUGGUAGUAUGGGAUGAAGAGGAGAUUGAGAAGAUGAUUAUUAAGGGAAAACUACAAUAUGAUGUCAUUGGGAAGAUCUCAUAUGGAUGGCCUGACGUGAAAGAUUUAAGAACCUUAAUCCCAAAACAGUGUGGAUUGAAAGGAGAGUGUAUUACCGGGUUGUUGAGCAAUAGGUAUGUACUUAUACGUGCUCCAUCUUUAGAAGAUUACGUGACCUUAUUGUCCAAACCUGCAUACUAUAUUACGCAUAAGAACUGGUCCUAUCCCAUGUGUACGUUCAAAUGGGAUCCAUGGUUUGAUCCAGACGAGGAAACGAAGAUUGCAAUUGCAUGGAUAUCAUUCCCAUCAUUACCUCCAAAUUAUUUUGUGAAAGAAGCAGUUUUUUCACUAGCAUCUGCUGUUGGAAAGCCCCUACAAGUUGACAUGGCCACAGCUAAUAAAACCAGGCCAAGUUGCGCAAGAGUGAAGGUAGAAGUUAACUUGCUUAGUGAAUUACCAAAGAGAAUCAAUAUAGGGAUGAAGAAGAAGAGUACUGGGGAGAUUGUGGAUAAAUGGAUAAAGAUCAAUUAUGAUUAUGAGGAAGAACAAAGUUCAGACAAAGAACAGGAGAAAAAUAAUAAGAAAGAUCAAAGGAAGAAUAAGGAUCAAAACAAUGCAAAGAACAGCAGGUUUGAGGUUAAUGAAUACAAAGGACCUAAUACUGACACAAUGAAAGGGAAGGAAGCAGUAGACAAGGUGCAGCCUACAAAGGUUAAUGUAAUGAUAGAUUCAAGGAGAAGAAAGGAAAACAAAGGAAUAAGAGGCACUUUCAUAGAGGUCAAGGAAAAGCAGAUGGAAGAAUCAAAUCAGGUGGAGAGGAUAUCAGCAAAGGCAUGGAUUGAGAAAAACUUUUGUAAACAACUCAAUGAUAAAGGGAAGAUUUUGUCUCAACAGGUGUCUAAGAUUAACUCAGCUACUACAGUUAGAGAAGAGAAGGAACAUGACUCAGAAGAAAUUGGUGACACCUUAAUCAACAAAAACUUGGAGAAAGGUUUGGAAGAAGAUAAAUCAGAUCAGGGAUUGGAGGAUAAAGAAGGAAAUGAAGAAAAAGAAAUCACAAGGCCACCAGAGAGUGACAAUUCUGGCAAUUUUCCUGUGGAACAAGUAGAGAGUGCACAUCAUGGAAAACAAGAUGAGAAUUGCAAGGUGAACUAUUCAGGAAAGAUUUGGAUCUUUUGGACAGAUGAAUGGCUUGGUGUAGUUAUCUCUGAAUCAGAACAACAAGUUACUCUGCAACUAACUCACUCAUCCUUGAAUCAAUCAGUGCUGGUGUCAGUAGUUUAUGCUAAAUGUGAUAGAGAGGAGAGGGAACAGUUGUGGGAAGCUAUGGUGGAGUUAGCAAAUCAGCAAGACCUUCCUUGGAUCAUAGAAGGGGAUUUUAAUGUCAUAGUUUCUGAUGAGGAGAAACAAGGUGGUCUUCCAGUCUCAUCCAAUGAGACAUUAGAUUUUUCUACUUGUAUACAAAGUUAUGGUUUGAUUGAUGUAGGAUUCUUAGGAAGCAAAUUCACCUGGUGGAAUGGGAUGACUGAAGAAGAUUGCAUAUUCAAAAGGUUAGAUAGAAUUUUGGUGAAUCAACAAGUGCUUGACAUCAUGACAUCCACAGCAGUGACUCAUAUGAUUAGACAUGGCUCCGAUCAUGCACCAUUACAUCUUGAGUGUAACAGCAAUGCACAUCAUAUUGUCAAAUCUUUUAAGUUUCUCAACUUUUGGACAAAUCAUCAUACAUUUAUGGAGGUGGUAAAGGAGAAUUUCGGAUUUUGUGGAAAUCCAUUUUAUGUAUUUCAUCACAAGUUGAAGAAACUUAAAAGAGCACUGGUUCAAUGGAGCAGGAACACUUAUGGGAAUAUAUUUCAGCAGAUUGCCACUAUUGAAGAUACUAUAAAAGUGAAGGAGUUGCAGUUUGAAAAUAAUGGUUCAAGGGAGAAUAUAAUGAUUCUACAUCAAGCACAGGCUGAAUUAACCAGAUUUUUACACUUGGAGGAGGAGUAUUGGAAGCAGAAAGCUGAUAUUGGUUAUGAGGCAAUCAGGUUCUUGAAGUCACAGUUUAGUAAAGAAAACUCAGGAGGGGAUUAUGCAUUGUUGAAAAACAUUCCUAAGCUGAUAACUGAAGAACAACAAAAAAGUCUGGAGGAGUUGCCAUCUGAAAGUGAAGUAAAGGAAGCUGUGUUAUCACUCAAUGGGGAUAGUGCUAGUGGGCCUGAUGGACUCACAGGACAUUUUAUCAAAAGUGUUGGGAGAUUAUCAAGAUGGAUGUGGUUCAAAUGGUUAGAGCAUUCUUUUGUGGUUCUGAGAUACCACAAUUCAUCACACAUACUAACCUGGUUUUAUUGCCAGAGAAGGAGAUGGACUAAGGUUCUUCCUAUUAUUAUCUCUUACAAUCAGACAGCAUUUGUGAAAGGAAGGAGCAUUGCAGAAAAUGUAUUACUGGCACAGGAGAUCAUCAGAGAUAUCAAUUUGAGAGCUAAACAUACUAAUGUGGUGAUCAAAUUAGACAUGGAAAAGGCAUAUGAUAGGCUCUCUUAG